AUGUCGCGCUGUCUCCGCGGCGCCGACGCACUCACUGCUCUUGUGCAACAUUACAAAAAUAACUCUCUAAAAAACAUUUCAUCUGUGUUAUCGUCGUGUUGUGGCGUGAUCGGAAGAGUAGAUUUCUGCCGUCCAGAUCACGUCCCCGAAAUUUGUCACGUUAUCUUCGUGCCCUACAAAUUAAGGUACGAUUGCAGAUCCAAGAACUUUAGGUCUACUCUUCGUCGCACGACGGCUUAUAAGAAUGCUGAGUUUCUCAAUCUGUCAAAGCUUUCAAUUAUGGCACAUACAUUUAUAAUUAUUUUAUUGCAUCAGGUAUUUGUUCUACAUAAUAAUGUAGUAUAA